UGCCGGGGAUCCCCGUCCGAAAGCAUUAAGUUAGAAGGCGUUUAGUCAUAAUUCAUUUUUAUUGCUCUUUUAAAACAACAGCAGCUUGGCUGAGCUGCGGAUGCCCUGAACAGCUCCGGGCCUCGGCGGCGUUUUGUCUCUUCCUCGCUCCCUCCCUUUCUAGUAGAGCCAUGAAAGAGGCGCUUUGAGCCCAACAAGCGGCUUGCAAGUGACCGGGCUCGCCUUUCAUCCAGUCUUCACGGGCGGUUUAAGAGAUUUUGGCUCGGGUCGUGGGGCGCUGGCCUACUUGCCCCCACGGACCUCGGGUCUCCUACCCGGCGGAAUGAGCCCUGGGAUUUCGUGGGGGUGGGGAAGGAACCGCGCUACGGAAGCCCCCGGGCUCGAAGCCAGAGGAGGCUGCCUUUGUGAGCCGCACGGGGAGAGCGGCGCUCUGGGCGACCAGCCUGGGCGGAGUCGGCUCGGCCGCGGGAGCCUGCCAGCCGGGAGCGGUGCUCGGAGGCGGGUCGGUCGCCCGCCGCUGUACAGCGGCCUUAUGUGCGAGCGCAAGCUUAUGUGUGAUCCCAAGAAAAACAUUCCACCCACGAAGGCCGGGAAAAGAAGCCCGGAGGGAGGAAGAGAGGUGGAGGGAGAGGAGCUCAGAGGCCCAGAACUAGCAGAGGAAGGAGAGAGGUUGCAGACUGGGGUGACUCCGUGGUGCGAGCCCUGCGGCGGAGGGGGCCGUGCAGACCCGGGCCGAGAAAGCCAACAAAGGGACCGGAGUGAGGCAAGGGCCAGAACCUACCGACGAGCUUCGGCUGGAGGAGCAGGUCGUCCGCAAAGCCAGCCGGGACCCCUAAUGUCCUGUCUCCUCCCCCCAAGAGCCCCUUCUCUCCCCCUGGCUGGACGCCUGGCACUCCCAAGGAAGCCACCUCCAGGAGGGCCUCCUUGCCUUUUCCCUUCUCCAGUGUGAGGUUCUCCAGGUGCUGAAAUUGGGGGGCAGGAGUGACCUUUCCGGGCCUCCCUCUCAACUAUGAUUGGGGAUAGGUCACAGGUCACAGGAAAAUACCUUUCAAAAGGAAAUGUGUAGGGGGAAAUGCGCCUUUGCUUCUGAGGGAAUCCACAGUUAAACGUCCGUCCGUUUUCCCUCUUGGGGACACAGGUUAGGAUGGAACUGGUAUAGGUGGAGAACAGAACACAGAAACCUGAAAGGCUAACACCUCUGAAAUGUGCCUACCUCAAGCAAAACUUCCUUCUUUUACCCGGGGAGGGAAAGCUGGAGGGGAGUGGGAACCCCAAAGCCACACACAAUCAUCAGAUAAAUUUGAUCCGUUGGAUCCCCAUGUGGUGAACAUGGUCAGAGUAAAAUCUGUACAGCAUUGGCUGCGAAAUUCUUGUAUGAUGUCUGGACUUCUUUUACCUAAGAAUGCAUCAAUUCCUGGCCUCUGUUUGGCCUUUUCUCUCUACAAGCCAAAGGCUGACACGAGGCCUAAUAGUAAAGAGCAAUUAACGACCCCGUGGGCAUCGGGGUAAGAGGAAAGUGAUGGAGAACAGGAACGCUGUCCUGGGAUGACGCUCAGGUUUGCAAGUGUCUCUCUAGGGGUAGACUUGCAGGUUUACAGAAGGGACUGCACAGUCAGUUACAAAAGGGAGGAGGUGUUGCUGGGGAAGAAGAGAAUGUCCCGUCCACCAUCAGCCAUCUGUCCCCCGCCCCUCCCACCUGCCAGCUCACACCCCCACAUGAGCUGUGCAGUAGAAUGAGGGGGGGGCAGUGUAGAUAAAAGAGGCUCUACCACUUCUAACGUCCCCCUCCAGAAAACAAGAAACCUUGCGGGGGUGGGUGAGGGUGGGAAGGAAGAGUUCAUCGUACUUCGCCGGAGCUGUGGUCUCACCCUUUGAGGCCCGGGUGGGAGCCUGCAGGCCCCUGGUUCUUAGGGAGCUGGCAGAUGGCCUGCAGCGCAGGGCCCGGCCCCCACGCUGGCCACGUCCGCUAUCGUCAUCUCUCUCCCCCUCCUCCUACCCCUCAAAAUCCAGCCGUGUAGUUACUCCGGAUCUCGUAGGGCUCCUGAAGCAAAGCUGAGUGGGGAGGAGAAAGGGGCGGAGAGCGAGGAGCGAGGGAAGGCGAAGAGCCGGGCCACCCCCAGCCUUGGCCAGCGAGCCUAGCUCCCAAGGCUCGGACCCCCUCUCCCGGGCGUCGAAUUACAGAAGCUCCCGGUUGCCACACUAAUAGCCAGAGGGAAGUGAGAAAGUUGGCACGGUCACCCAGGACUUCGCAGGACCCGGUCACUCAGUGACAGAUGGACAAUGCAAGAAUGAGCUCCUUCCUGGAAUACCCCAUCCUCAGCGGUGGCGACUCGGGGACCUGCUCAGCGCGAGCCUACCCCUCCGACCACGGAAUUACAACUUUCCAGUCGUGCGCGGUCAGUGCCAACAGCUGUGGCAGCGACGACCGCUUCCUAGUGGGCAGGGGUGUGCAGAUCAGCCCGCCCCACCACCACCACCACCAUCACCACCCCCAACCGACCACCUAUCAGACUUCUGGGAACCUGGGAGUGUCCUACUCCCACUCGAGUUGUGGUCCAAGCUACAGCGCGCAGAACUUCGGCGCGCCUUACAGCCCCUACGCGUUAAAUCAGGAAGCAGAAGUAAGUGGUGGGUACCCCUCGUGCGCUCCCGCUGUUUACUCUGGAAACCUCUCAUCUCCCAUGGUCCAGCAUCACCACCACCACCAGGGUUAUGCCGGGGGCGCGGUGGGCUCGCCUCAGUACAUUCACCACUCAUAUGGACAAGAGCACCAGAGCCUGGCCCUGGCCACGUAUAAUAACUCCUUGUCCCCUCUCCACGCCAGCCACCAAGAAGCCUGUCGCUCCCCUCCAUCAGAGACCUCUUCUCCAGCACAGACCUUUGACUGGAUGAAAGUGAAAAGAAACCCUCCCAAAACAGGGAAAAUUGGAGAGUAUGGCUACGUGGGUCAGCCCAAUGCGGUGCGCACCAACUUCACCACCAAGCAGCUCACGGAGCUGGAGAAGGAGUUUCACUUCAACAAGUACUUGACACGCGCCCGCAGGGUGGAAAUUGCCGCGUCCCUGCAGCUCAAUGAGACCCAAGUGAAGAUCUGGUUCCAGAACCGCCGAAUGAAGCAGAAGAAACGGGAGAAGGAGGGUCUCUUGCCCAUCUCUCCAGCCACUCCGACGGGAAGCGAGGAGAAGGCUGAAGAAUCCUCAGAGAAGUCCAGCUCCUCGCCCUGCGUUCCUUCCCCGGGUUCUUCUACCUCAGACACUCUACCUACCUCCCACUGAGGCUGCCCCAGCCCCACUCAGCAGCCUGGGCUACUCCUCAGGCUGGGACUUCUUACCCAAAGCACAUUCUUAGCUUAUCUUCCUUUCCAUUUACAAUCUCUCUCUUCCUUUCUGAUCCUAUCUGGGGAACUCCUGGCUGGGGAUAAUGUGUUUCCAGAGAAUUCUGGAUGAGAGACUUGAUGGGGGGGGGGGGAGGGGUGUUAGCUCCCUAAGGCAGCUGGAGUGCCAGCAUCAAUUUUCUGAUGGCCCCUAACACCCCUACUUUUAGGAGAUUUCGACUGAACCUACUGCUCCUUUCAGAUGCUCUUUGGAAAAUGGUCUCCUUUGCCAGCAGAAAUAUAUCAGAGGAAGGCCUCUCAUCCUUUAUCUAUCUGUAUAUUUACAGUCCUCUCCUACUUUGCCCUGAAAGUAGGCUGGAGAGAGAGAAGAGAGUCCAAGAGCUCAUGAAGAAGAGAUUCUCUAUGAGCGUGUUUACACAAUUAAUUCAUCCCUUAAUUUAAUUUAAUUCCAUGUGCGUGAGUUUGCUGGUUGUAAAUACUUUGUCCUGAAAGAUUUAUCUUUAUACAGAUUUUCUAGAAAUGUUUAGAUUAAUGUUUAGAUUAAAACAGGGUGGGCAAACUCUCAAAGCUGGUACAACUUUGUAUGUGAUUAUAGGUUAAAGAAUAAAAGUUCUCACUUAAAAUCAAUCAGAUGCCUCAGAGGGUAGCCUCAGUUUGUUCUUUCAGUGAGUUAAGAAGGCCUGCAGAAUACAAGGGUCAGAAACCUUGCUUCCUGGGCUAAGUCUCUCCCCAUCCCCACCCCUUUCUUGUUUCUCUGGCCACACUCUAUUUAAAAUUUGUGCUGGAUUAUCUGGGACCUAAAAGUAUUAUUCAAACCAGCUUCUUCCUUCCACAGUUAUCUUAGCUGGAUGUGAUGUAUUUUCAGCUCAACUAUUAAUGUGAUGGAUGGCACAAUGAAUGUAUAUUUUGUGUGAUUCGUGAAAAGUCUUUUGCAUGUCGCACAAUGUUUUGGUGUCCCCGAAGUACCACACUGAAUUCUAUCAGUUAUCCUUUUGUGAUAUUUCCCAUUUCCUGUACAAUCAUUAACAGCUCUGGGAUCCUGGGGGUGGUGUGAUCCAGAGCAGAAUUUACGGGUCUUAAGAUGUCUGUAAUAAAUAUAU